AUGCUCCUCCACCUCGGCGCUGUACCAACGCUCAUCGUCUCCUCGCCGAGCGCCGAGCAGGCCGUGCUCCGCACACAAGACCACAUCUUCGCGUCCAGGGCCUACUCCCCCGUCACCGACAUCCUCUUCUACGGCUCCACGGACGUCGCCUUCUCCCCGUAUUGUGAGCACUGGCGCCAGGUCAAGAAGGUCCGGUCCUACCGCCAUGCACGCGAGCAUGAGGUGAGGUUGGUGGUGGGUAAGAUCCGCGAGGCAGCCACCGCAGGCACCGCUGUCGACCUGAGUGAACUGCUCAACUCCUUCGCCAACGACAUCGUGUGUCACGCUGUGUCUGGAAAGUUCUUCAGACAGGAAGGCCGGAAUAAACUUUUCCAGGAGCUCGUCGAGGCCAACUCGUCUCUCAUCGGGGGAUUCAACAUAGAGGACUACUUCCCAGUGCUGGUGAAACUGGACAUCAUCAAGAGGAUGGUGUGUGCAAAGGCACAAAAGGUGAACAAGAUGUGGGACGACUUGCUCAAUACGCUCAUCGAUGACCAUGCAAACAGGCCAGCGUCAGAGCGUGACGGGGAGGAGAGUGACUUCAUCGAUGUCUUGCUCUCCCUUCAACAAGAGUACAAUCUCACGAGAGAUCUUAUUAAGGCGCAGCUGGUGCUCAUGCAAAACCCCUGCCUCAUGAACAAGCUACAAACCGAGGUGAGGAGCACUCUAGCCAAGGGAAAAGAUAUAGUUACCGAAGACGAGCUUAACAGUUUAGCCUACCUGAAGGAACUCCUUGUGCCCCACCUCUCCAUGGCUGAUUGCAACAUAGAAAGAUACACGAUACCAUCAGGAACGCGUGCCAUUGUUAAUAGUUGGGCUCUUGCAAGGGAUCCUAACUAUUGGGAGAAAGCGGAGGAGUUCAUGUCCGAGCGGUUCAUGGAAGGUGGUAGCGCCGCAGCUAUGGACAAUAAGGGAAACGAUUUCCAAUACUUGCCAUUUGGGGCAGGACGAAGGAUAUGCCCAGGUAUAAACUUUGCAAGUUCAACAAUCGAAGUCAUGCUCGCAAACCUUGUCUACCACUUCAAUUGGGAGCUACCUGUGGAAUUAGCGAAGAAAGGCAUCGAUAUGACUGAAUCAUUUGGGGUGACCGUGCAUCGUACGGAGAAACUCCUCCUUGUCCCUGUAGUUGCACAAGAUUAA